UAAUGGGAAAGCUAAGUACUACGGAGUAAUUAAUUCCCUUGAGCACACAAAUUAACUUCCAAAAGCCCAUUACUUUCACUUACCGCAGCUCCAUCUCCGAGAAAACAAAGAGCCCAAGUUAAUGCUUCUUCAUCACGCUAGAAAUCAGCAACCACUCUCAACUCCUUUCAAAUUCCUUCUGCUAGAGGCAUCAAAUAGGGAGUUGAAUUUGUCAAACAUUUAUCAUGGGCGUAAAAAACUCCUCCUCUAAAGAUCUGAUCGGCAUAUCUGCUGCAAAUUCGAAGCACGGUUAUCAGUUAUUUCUAUCAUCACAUGGAUGAUUUUCUGGUUCCGAGAUCUCCGUUCAAACUAGGGUUUAUCUCCUAUAAAGUUGCUACUCAAACCGUCAAGAAAUACACAGGGAACACAGCAAAAAUUAGGAAGGUUUGUGAGAUUGGAUUGUUGAUAUCGACAGUAUUGAAGGUGAGCGGUCUCCAUUGACGGCGGACCCGAAGGCAGCUGCUGCAUCGGUGAAUGAGCGGUGGCACACCUAAUCCUAAACUCAAGCGAAUCAGGAAGUAUAUCGAUUCUGUGAACAUCAUAAGUCAUGAGAGAUUAAUCUACGCGUUUCAAAUAGAUCAACCAGAAGAGGUGAAACCAGAGGAAGUUAAACCAACAGAAGAUAGUCUAAAAGGAGCGAAAAUGGGUGAGCGAACUUUGAAGGAGAUGGCAGCCCCAAAUACGGGUGAUGAUCCUCUGUGCAUUGUGUUUCCAGAGCUAGACAAACCCCUCAAACUGAAUUCAGGUUUCCUUAAUCUUCUUCCCAAAUACUAUGGGAAAUCAGGUGAGAAUCCUCAUCGACAUUUAAAAGAGUGUAAGGUUGUUUGUUCUUCUAUGAAUCUUGAAGGAGUUGAACAAGAUCAUAUUCGAUUGCAUGCUUUUCUUUUUUCUUUGCAAGAUUUGGCUAAAGAUUGGUUGUAUGAUCUUCCUGCUGGAUCAAUUACGACUUGGAAUGUUAUGGCAUCAACUUUUCUAGGAAAGUACUUUCCAGAAAGUCUAAUUGGAUCCAUCAGGAAGGAGAUAUGUGGCAUUAGGCAACAUGAUAAUGAGUCCUUGUAUGAGUAUUGGGAACGUUUUAAGAGAUUAUGUUCAUCCUGUCCCCAACAUCAGAUUAGUGACCAACUAUUAAUUCAAUACUUUUAUGAAGACCUAUUGCCUACUGAUAGGGGUAUGAUAGAUGCUUCGAGUGGGGGGGCAUUAGUGGAUAAAACACCAACUCAAGCUAGGGCUUUAAUUUCUAAUAUGGCUCAAAACACCCAACAACAUGGUACAAGAAAUGAUGUUAAAAGAGUAAAUGGAGUUGAUUUAAGUGGUAUUCAGAAUCAAUUACAAGAAAAUGCUCAACAAAUUGCUACUUUUACUACUCUUGUGUCUAAAAUUGUUUCUAGUAAUGAGUCUAAAGCUAGAAUCUGCUAUAAUGAGUCUCAUCCUUGAAGGAAAUAUGUCCUUCACCCAAGGUGCAUUAAGUCUAAUACCAAGGUUCAAAUUAAUUGCGAACAAUUAAUUCAGUUAGAUCAAGUGAUCGGAACAGCUAGCUGGAGCAAUGCUUCCGAUCAGUGAGUUCUAAUGGAUA